CACUCACAACUCACACUUGAAACCCUGCAAACGUUGCUUAAAAUCUCUUCUCUGAAUUCCGAAAAAUACAAAACUAAAAUGCUAGGUCAUAAUCGCUCUCUUCCAAAUCCGUUUCCGGAUUUCGUCCCGGGCGAGGGACAGACUGCAGCCGAUGACAAACAAAUCAAAAGUUUGAUUCGGUUGUACGUGCAGACCAUUCUGGAGGAGAAUGACUCGGAGGUGGAUGAGCGCGGUGAUUUGUAUGUGGGAGAUGCUGGCAUAAGCUUCAUGUUCUGGAAGCUCUACACAUCGGAGCAGACUCGCUCUAUGUUCCCUAAAGCACUGGACUACGCCCUCGCCUUGAUGGGCAACGCCAAGCAGAAGUGCAAGCCACAUUUGAAGCGAUCCGCGGAACGCUUCUCCUUCAUCUGUGGUAAUGCUGGGAUAUACGCCGUGUCCGCCGCCAUCUCGGCAGCACUCGGGAACACCAAAGCCUUGACCAAGGAUUUGGAUAUCUUCAAGACGGGCAUUCCGUCCAGCUUGGAGAGAAUGCACACAAAAACUGGCUGCGACGACUUCAUGCAGGGACGAGCUGGCUAUCUGGCUGGCUGCUACUGGCUCAACGAGGUUCUCGGACGGAAGGAGAUCCCCGACGAUACCGUCAUCGCCAUUUGCCAGAUGAUCGUGAAAAGUGGCCGCGAGUACAGCAAGAUCCGCAAGAGCCAGUCACCGCUGAUGUAUCAGCAUUACGGAACCCAGUAUCUGGGAGCUUCCCAUGGCAUCUGCGGCAUUCUCCACAUGCUGCUCGACAGUCCCUGGUUCCGCACAACACCAAUGUCUGCCCCGGAAGACGUGAUACGCGACAUUAAGACCUCUAUUGACCUCUUUGUCAAACUUCAGGACAGCGUGGGAAACUUUCCAGUGUCCAUGGAGGACCUCUGUACUGGACGGGAUCCAGACCGGCGCCUGCUGCACUGGUGUCACGGCGCUCCAGGGGCUGUCUACUUGCUGGCCAAGGCCUACUUGAUAUUCAAUGAUGAGAAGUACUUGGCAGCCAUACGUCAGGUGGCGGAUCUCGUCUGGGUGCGGGGAGUCUUGCGCAAGGGUCCAGGCAUCUGUCACGGCGUGGCCAGCGGUGGCUAUGUCUUUCUGCUGCUCUUCCGCCUCACCAACGAGAUGAUGUACCACUACAGGGCACUCAAGUUCAUGGAGGUGCUGACCGAUGCCGACUACCAGGAGCAGGCUCGUAUGCCCGAUCGUCCACACAGCCUUUUCGAGGGCGUGGCUGGCACUGUGUGCUUUCUGAUUGAUCUUUUGAAUCCGGAGCAGGCCUCGUUCCCCUUCAUGGAUGUGCUUCAUUAGGUAUUAGUUUUAUUUUUAUUAGUUUAUGUCAAAUUGAAGUGCAGCAAUGUGUUUCUGU